AUACGCCGGCGCAUGCGCAGCGUUUUGUCCCUUUGGCAAAGAGAGUGGAAACUUCAACAUGGGAAAGCCUCGAGGGCUGCGGACGGCCAGAAAGCUGCGUGUCCACAGAAGAGACCAGCGCUGGCACGACAAGAGCUACAAGAAGGCUCAUCUCGGCACCGCUCUGAAGGCCAACCCUUUCGGAGGAGCUAGUCACGCAAAGGGAAUUGUGCUGGAAAAAGUUGGUGUGGAAGCUAAGCAGCCCAACUCAGCCAUCCGGAAGUGCAUCAGAGUCCAGCUGAUCAAGAACGGGAAGAAGAUCACAGCUUUUGUUCCCAACGACGGCUGUCUGAACUAUGUAGAGGAGAAUGAUGAAGUCCUGAUUGCUGGGUUUGGUAGGAAAGGCCACGCCGUGGGAGAUAUUCCUGGUGUGCGGUUCAAGGUGGUGAAAGUGGCAAACGUGUCACUGUGGGCACUCUACACUGGCAAGAAGGAGAGACCACGUUCAUAGGCACUACCUACCGCAGUGGUCCAUGCCAAGGCUACCACAGUUGUCCAUGGCACCACCUUAUUGUGUGCGCAUUUUCUCUCUGUAAUAUUAAAAUGUGAAUAGAAAAUUAAGCGGUAAAAAUUUUUAAUGAUGUUGAGAACCAUGUGAAUAUUAGAGCCGAGAUGAAGAUGCUUGUUGCUAUGGAGAUUGGCAAUGAGGGGUGUGGUCUUUGUCCUGCCGAGCAGAAUGAUGUCAUAGUGGGACAAGACGACGUGUAGCUGUCAGUUCGAGCAGCUCUAAACCUCUCCUCCAACAACGACGACCUGCACUGACACGGCAGACAACUAUAUCUGAUUGGAUCCUCGUAGCAACCGGUGUUGUUGCCACGGAGACAGGAUCCUGAGAGGGUCACGAUCGUGAGGGAAGUGUUGGGGACCCUUAUAAUGACGUAGUCCCUGAGGAAUUACCAGUAAUGAUUGUGUCGUAAUGAAGCUAAGUAUUGUGUUACAUACAAAUUUCCGUCAGAACAACUGACGUUUCCAUGGUGUCCUUCCUCCUCACCUCUCAGUUGAAAUACCUUUAUCUCUCUCAUAAACAGCUUCACGGCGUCACACCCACUGUCCUCACAACCCCACUCCCACUCCUCCCCAC